AGAGGUGUUAAAGGAAGUCAGGGGAAGUUGUGAAAAUUUGUUGUGUGCGCGUUGGAAAGUCGGUGGCUGGGAAGUCUGCACGCUAACCCCGAGAUGGGAGUCACUGACACUAAGCAGCGCGGACGUCCGAGCGCUCGACCUGCUCCUCCAGUCGAAUGGUGGCACAAGUUCACCACGGCGCGGCUUAGGCGAGGAAAUGACACCUCAGGCACCUUCUACGCGUUUGGGUGCGACAUUUGGCGCUCGAGCAUCGUUCUGCACGAGAUUUGGGCAAGCUACGUGUACGAAGAUGCUCGAGGACACAGUUGGGGAACAUUGCGUUCCUCCGUGACUUCCAUGACUCUGAGCGUGACCCUUCUCCGGCGAGUUGAUCGUCGAGGGCGAGCGAGGGCAGACCCAGACAAGCAAUUGCCACUGCGUGCUUGCAUACUCAGCAGUCGCACUGGCUGUCAACGGAUGCUGUCCAUCUACAUCUGUCCUUUUGCUCUUCUCAAGCUGCAGAACUGUGAGACAAACACUUCACGUGGCUUUGCAGCAAGGUUGCUCAGCGAGCAAACGGAACCCUCACGAUUUGAAAGAACUGGCUUUGUAUUGAUCAGACUUUGCAUGAACAACCACACAGUAUUCAAUCCGUACGAAUUGGCGUUCUUCGACAUCAGAAACUCCUGGCUUGUCAGCAAUGUUGUUCUCACCGCGCGGCAGCCUGAUGAAGUGACGUUGAAGCCCGGCUUGAGCGCGCCGCCUCAAGCUCCGGAAACUCAAAAAAUUCCCAACUCACCAACACCGGACUUUAGCACGCAUCUCCAGAGCACGGCGAUCCCAGCUCGCAUGGUAGUAUUUAAAAGUGCUAAGCGACACGAAUUGAUUCUUCCCCCUCGUGUGUAUCCUUCAGCAUUUUUUGGAUGAUUUCUGGCAUUGAACAGAGCUCCCAGUCUUGGAGUCGACAAAGUCUUCAGCCUCGCUGACGCAUCACGACGCCUCAUACGCAACACC